AUGGAUCACAUACCACCUCCUCGAUCUCCAAGAUACACACCUCCAGAUAUCGUUUGUUUCGUCAGGGCGGAUUUCGCUUGUCCGUCCGCUCUCUCUUUCGAAGACUAUCCCGAGAGUCGAGGAUGGAAGCCUAGUGCAUUCAUUGAUGGGGACUUCCGCCAGGGCCAUACAAUUAAGGAAAGCCAGGAAUUCAUCCAGGAGUGGUUGUAUUUCAAACUCAUGGAAGCCGUAUUCGGUUCCGUUGGAUUGGAAAUACACAUGGACGAUUUCACGCGUGGCAAAGAUGGCCAGCUCCUGGUUGACUCCACGAACCUCGUUCGAUAUAUCAGCGCCUUCGAAGAUCAAUUUCGCAAUCAGGAUUUCCAGGCUAAGCAUGAAAGUGUGAAGCAGAUCAAUCGUGUGUCAACGACCACUCAGCGCUUAGUUGUACGAGAAUGCUCGAUGAUCACGCCUACAGAAGUCCGAAGCGGGAGUUGGCCGUUUGACCUCGUUACGUCGCUAUCAUUCAUGGUUCUAGGCUGCACGCUUGCCUUCGCUAUUAGCCGGAUUGUUCAGGUCCUUCCAGACAAAAAUCUUGCGCUAGAGCUAUACAAGCAACUGCACAUUUCCCAUCAGUCAUGGGGCGUAUCCGAGAUGCUCUAUGAACGCAUGAGAAGCGAUAACUGGUGUCCGCACAGCCUGGCGCAGUUUGCGUCAGGAGAGUAUUCCAUUAUUGGAAUGUACUUCGCCAGCCUCCUGGAGAUUCCCUCCGAUGGCAAGGAUCACACAGAUUGCGAAGUCCGAGAGUGUUUGCACAUGACGGUCGAUGAGAAGAAGUAUACCACCUGUCACGUACACCCUCAACCAUGUUGUGAGCCUUCCAUCCCAGAACGUACCGCUGUUAUCGAGUCACUUAAGCUUGGAUCUAUUCCCCUUCUGAGAAUCUCGGAAGCAGACGAUGGAACAAUCAGCAUUGGGGUUGUCCCCUUCAUAGAUGGAAUCAAAUACGUCGCUAUCUCUCACGUCUGGGCUCAUGGUCUGGGCAACGUGAAGGGUAAUUGGUUGCCCAGCUGCCAAAUGCGACGGCUGUCCCAACUUGCCGAGGCCUUGUACCCCUUUUCGAGUGCCAGAGUAGAAAUUUAUCUAUGGAUCGACACCGUUUGCGUGCCUCGACCGAACAAUACAGAUGAUGCAGACUAUCGCAAAGUCGCUAUCGAUUUGCUUCAAGACACGUAUACCAAUGCCGACAAGGUUUUGGUUAUUGAUGACCAGCUUGUGCGACCAUCCUCGAUGGCACCUCCCGAAGAGACGCUUUGGCGGAGCACUUCUCAUCCAUCCGAUGAGACAAUCUGCCUGUCCAUCCUAACGGGAAAGCAGCCUUCUAAGCUGCUUGGCCAUUCGAAAGCUGGACGGAUGAAAGCUUUUCUCGGACAGGUUGACGGGGUCCCUAGCGAUAUUAUAUUCAUGCCCGGGCCUCGACUGCCUGAAGAUGGUUGGAAAUGGGCCCCGACCUCGUUUAUGGCCCGCUAUCAGUGGACCGCGUACCAGCAUUUCCAGAAAAUCGCCAUCCCGGGUGCGAGUGACCACUCGAUGACGGAGCAGACAAACAUCAGUCACUACUUUGACAAAGGUUUGCGCGUCCGCUUCCCCGGAAUCACUCUCUCAGACGUGCCUGACAAUCUGGAUUUGAUAUUCCGGGUCGAGACGGGAUUCUUGAAGUCCAAAACGCGGCUCAUGGUUGUUUGCUGGUACGAUCGAUGUCCGCCGGAGUGGAAAGACGUUGACAUAAAGCCACUUAAACAUCCGACCCUCAUUUUGCAGGGGUAUCCCAAAGCCCACGGCUCUAUUCACGCCAUAUUUGUUGACGCGUAUGAAGGGGCCGGCAUGGACGGGACAGUUGAGGUUGACCCGACCGCUCGGAGUGUAACGCCAACCCGCUUCAUUUGUCGCGCCAAUGUGAGCGUAAUAGAAUCGAGGCUCGAGGAAGACGAAGAGACCGUGUCCUAUUUUCAGGGAGAUGAGCGAGUUUCACGCAGCUGUGGAGGCAAGCUGCUAGACCAAUAAUGGUGGUAUGUCGGGUAAGACCUCUUGCCUCUUCGUGGCGGCCUAUGAUUGCACGAGUCUAAAAGGUCUCUGUUAAGUCCUAUUUUGGAAUGAUGCUCAUUAUUUGUAUUUAUUUCCCCGUAGAUAAGCUAAUGGAAGAUGUUUGGGUCGUAUUUAUAUCAAUCUUA